CCGGUGAAAAAUUGCGCGACACGCAGGGAGCGUGGCGGCCAUCUUCGUCUGCUGGGCAUGUCAGCUGAGCCGGUUAGGGCUGAAGAGGAGCGCUGCGCAAGCGCACCCAAGACGGUCACAGGUAACUCCCAUCUGACGGGCGAGGCGUCGCAGUCGUCGCCGGAAGUUUGGUGUUUGCGCCGCGGGGGAGGUGGCGGUCGCGGCAGAAGCCGCUGAGUGUCUCCUGAUACCCGGAUGUGAGGCGAUCUGCUGGCUCCAGUUCGACCCUCGCCUAGCAAAGGAAGGAAGGUACGCGAACGUCCCUGACGGUCCCCGCCGCCCGCGUCCUUACCUCCCGUUUGCCAGCCCCUCCGGAGAGCGGACGAUUCUUCCUCUCCCUCUUCCUGUCCCACCCUCUGUCGCGUUGCCUCGCACGCCUCUCCCUAUCCUCUGGUCCCGGCUCUUCGCGACCCUGGGAAGGAGGUGGAAGGCUCGGAGAUUCGGUCGCCUGAGGUAGGCAACUGACUUGCACGCUCGGCUGCCCAGUCGCCGCGUCACCUGCCGCUGCUUGGUGGAAGGAACCCCUUGAAAGGGUCUCUGGGAUCUCAAGGGUCCCUGCACAACACUUUGAGAACUACUGUUUUAAGUUGAGAAAAAGUCUGCUGAUUCUUUAUUGCUUUACGGGGCGCGACACUCAGGAUCUCUUGGUUAAUUCCCAAACAUACAAGGAGUAAUUAGAAGCGUCAUUCAUUAGAAGCAUCAUCAGUCAACUUAAAGAAAAAGGUGAUAUAUGAUUUCCAUUUCAUUAAGGUUUUGGAUCGGAAUAGAGGUGUUGUGCGAUGUCUUAAGAGCAUAUUAAAGGAAUGGUUUUAUCAAAUUUCUAUGAGUUAUGGUGGCUGAAACAUCAACUCUGUCUUGUGGGAAAAGAACUAAAUGGCAGCACAAAAGGAUAUCUAUAUUAAUAGAACAUUUUGUUAAACAAAGGAGGUUAGAUAAGAACUGCAAACCAACGGACUCAGCAAACAAGGAAAGAAAUGUGUUAGCUGUAAGACAUGUUUCAAAUGAAUCAAAGUCCAGUAACUGUAGACUUCAGAAGAAAAACUUUUCAAAAAUUCUGUCAAAACAGACAGGUCAGUGAAAAAUAAGUCCUCCAGUAAUAGGGCUAGGCCUGAAACCAAAAUUAACUGACAAAUUAAUAGAACAGACUGAACCUGAAUUAAAUUUCUUUUUGUUAAAAAAAACUUCUAAAAAUAUCAAAUUAGAUAUUUUCCUAAAUUUUCCUAAGAUUUCUAUUGCCUUGUCCCAAGUAAAGCAAAUAUAUUUGAGCAUUCAUGUCAGCUUUUCUCAUGUCCUAGGAAUGACAGACAGAAACCUUACUUGAAGCAAACUAAUAUUUUUGUUGAAAAAUGUGUAUUAGCAUAAGUUAAAGUUGAUUUUAAGGAUUUGCUCCUCAGUAAUAAUACUAGCUAUUCAGCAUUCAGGCCUACCAGGACCAGAAAAUCCUCUCAAAAACUACUCAGAAAAGGGAGACAUUACUCAGGAAUGAUGUCUAUUCAGGAGAAAUCAAAAGAAAAUUCCUCCAGAGUUAUUAAAAAAAGUGAAGAUAAGAAUUUAGAAAUGGAAGUUCAAGAUUCUCAAAAGAAUAUUGCAGAAGUGUCAGGUCCAAAGGAAACCAUAAAAUCACUGGUUAAGUCUUCCAGUGAAAGUAAAAUAAAUCAACCUGAAUUGGUAACACGCAUGAGUACAAGGUCAACAAAGGCAACAGCAUCCAGUGAUAAAAAAGAUACUAAAUCCAUUGAUAAAAGUAUGGUGACUGUGAAGGGACGUUCACAACAAGAAUGUACAAAAAAGAAGAAAUUAUCUCAGAAAAAAUUAGUGCAUGAAACACCUAAAGCAAAUGAACAGCUUAACCGGAGAUCACAAAGACUGCAGCAGUUAACAGAGGUUUCGACAAGGUCUUUACGCAGUAGAGAGAUUCAGGGUCAAGUUCAAGCAGUUAAACAGAGUCUGUCACCAACAAGAAAAGAGUACUAUAGCAAUACUCAAAGUAAGUCUAAUAAAGUUAAAACAAGUCAAAAACAUGUGAAAAGAAAAGUACUGGAAAUAAAGUCUGACUCUAAAGAGGAUGAAUAUUCAGUAAUUAAUGAAGUAAUAAAUUCCCCAAAAGGAAAAAAACGUAAAGUAGAGCAUCAGACAGCUAAUACUUGUAGCUCUCAAUGCAUACAAGGAUCUGAAAAGUGUCUUCUAAAGACUACUAGAAAAGUGGAAACAAAGCCUGUGCCUGUAACUUCUGAGAUAAAAAGAUCAAAAAUGGCUACUUCAGUGGUCUCAAAAAAGCAUGAGAUGAAGAAGUCAGUUCAUACACGAGUGAAUACUAGUGCAAAAUCCCAAAAAUGUCCACAGCCAUCAGUGCCUGAACAAAGUAUAGAUAAUGAGCUGGAGCAAGCAGGAAAGGGCAAACGAGGUAGCAUUCUCCAGCUCUGUGAAGAAAUUGCUGGUGAAAUUGAGUCAGAUACUGUAGAGGUAAAAAAGGAAUCUUCACAAAUGGAGAGCGUAAAGGAGGAGAAGCCUACAGAAAUAAAAUUGGAAGAGAGUAAUGUUGAAAGACAAAUACUUCAUCAGAAGGAAACAAAUCAGGAUAUGCAGUGUAAUCGUUUCUUCCCCAGUAGAAAAACAAAGCUUGUGAAAUGUUUACUAAAUGGAAUAAACAGCUCAACUAAGAAGAACUCCAAAUGGAAUAAAAUUAAACUCACAAAAUUUAACUCUGUGCAGCAAAAUAAGUUGGACUCUCAAGUUUCCCCUAAAUUGGGGUUAUUACGAACCAGUUUUUCACCACCAGCUUUAGAAGUGACUCAAAGUACAUUUUUAGGGACAAAGCCACAAGAUAAAAAUACAGCUUGCCAGCAGCAAAAAAUGAAAAAAAAAAAUUCUGAAGAAAUUAAAAUUAAUGACAUUACAGUUAAAAUUAAUAAAACCAUACAAAGGGCUCCUGAAAAUUGCCAUUUGGAUGAUCAAAUAAAACCAUCUCCUGAUCCACCAUUGGAUAAUCAGAUGAAGCAUUCUUUUGAAUCAGCAUCAGAUAAGAAUUUCAGCCUGUGUUUGGAAUCCAAGCUGGAAAACAAUCCUGUGGAAAAUAUCAUUGCUGUUUCAACUCUGCUAGGUCAAGCAAAAGUUGAUGCAGGAGAGAGUAAAUUUCCAGGGUCAGCUCCCAAACAGCACAGUAUACUUAAUAACCAAACAUCUGAGAAUGGUGAUAACAGGGAAACACCACCAAAUCAUUCUUGGCCUAAUUGUAAUUCCCAUUUGGAGAUAACAAUUCCAAAGGACUUGAAACUAAAAGAAACAGAAAAAGCUGAUGAAAAACAGUUGAUCAUAGAUGCAGGACAAAAAAGGUUUGGAGCAGUUUCCUGCAACGUUUGUGGAAUGCUUUACACAGCUUCAAAUCCAGAAGAUGAAACACAGCAUCUGCUUUUCCAUAACCAGUUUAUAAGUGCUGUAAAAUAUGUGGGCUGGAAAAAAGAACGAAUUCUGGCUGAAUACCCUGAUGGUAGGAUUAUAAUGGUUCUUCCUGAAGACCCAAAGUAUGCCCUGAAAAAGGUUGACGAGAUUAGAGAGAUGGUUGAUAAUGAUUUAGGUUUCCAACAGGCUCCACUAAUGUGCUAUUCCAGAACUAAAACACUUCUCUUUAUUUCUAAUGACAAAAAAGUAGUUGGCUGCCUAAUUGCAGAACAUAUCCAGUGGGGCUACAGAGUUAUAGAAGAAAAACUUCCAGUUAUCAGAUCAGAGGAAGAAAAAGUCAGAUUUGAAAGGCAGAAAGCCUGGUGCUGCUCAACACUGCCAGAGCCUGCAAUCUGUGGGAUCAGUCGAAUAUGGGUAUUCAGCAUGAUGCGUCGGAAGAAAAUUGCUUCUCGCAUGAUUGAAUGCCUAAGGAGUAACUUUAUAUAUGGCUCAUAUUUGAGUAAAGAAGAAAUUGCUUUCUCAGAUCCCACUCCUGAUGGAAAACUGUUUGCAACACAGUACUGUGGCACUGGUCAGUUUCUGGUAUAUAAUUUUAUUAAUGGACAGAAUAACAUCUAAAACAAAUUCUUGCCUGCAGUACUAGAAGACAUCAAAUGAAGAGAAUGGAUUGGUUGCUGAUUUUAACCAGGAACUAGGGCCAUUUUUAUUACAAUGAACUCAGGACUGGCAACAACCUAUGGUUGUUCCAUUUUCAUAAAAUUGGAAACAAUGCAGUAAUACCUUAUUAUUGUUUUGUUUUUUAAAGAAGAUAUUUUAUUAUCUUUUACAGAAAUUUAUGAUUGAUGUAUUUUAUCUAUAGUUAUUUAGACAUGUUUACAUGCAGCAGAUAAUUGUUCAUAGUGGACUGAAAACUAAUGCAAGGACUAUGGUCUCAGUGAUAAGUAUAUUUUGAAGUUCUUAAUAUGGAAAUAUACCAGUGUAGCUUGGUACUGUAUUUUUUUAUAUUGAUCUGCUGAUACCAGUUAUAGGUUUAAAGAUUGUAUUUUCACAGAGUAGAAACCAAUGUUUUUGAGUUAUCAUUCAAGGAGGAUGUAAUAUUAUGUGUUUAGGAAUUCGAAGCUAAUUCUUAAAAGGCCUGAUGUAUACUUUGAAGAAACCCCUAAUGAAAAUGAAAACUUCAACUAAGCAGAAAGAAUUGGGAAUAAUGAGUUUUUUCUUCCAUUUCUCUCUUUCCUAUCUUUGAUGGCAGGAAGAAGUGGAAGGUAGUAAAGAAUUGAGGCUUUCUUUCCCGGAGACCUAUAAAUCACUAAAAUUAGGAAGCGUGCCCUUUAAAUUCAUUAUUCUUUCAUUCUGGUUUCAAUUUUUGUAGUAAAUGGCCACUUGGCACACCUAAACAGUUAACAAAUCUCAAAAAGUUUUAUAAAACCUCUGGAAUAAUUGCAAGCCAAAUUUGGAUGACUUGGUAUCUGCUUUGUUAUUCCUCAGAAAUACUGCACUGAGUAUAUGCCCUCAUUACGGGACUUCAUUUUGAUACUUGUCUAUCCUUCAUAGUGCCCUCUACUUUUAAAGGGUUUAUAUGUUGAAAAACUGCUGUGGCCUUUUAUGACCUGUAUAUAUUGUAGAAUAAAAUAAUAAAAUACUUGUUAGCUUUU